AGCAGGUGGAGCUGCACCAUCCAAGAGUGUCCUGGACUACCUCAGCCAGCGACAACACUCUGCGCACGUGCGCUGCGCCGUCGCCGUCAGGCGUGUCUGAGGCGCGCGCGAUCACCAAGUUCUGAGGCAGCGCGCGCUUGGAGGAACCUGGCAGCUCGCGCACCUUCUUUUAUUUGGGUUUUUGUUUCCGGUAAAAAGGACAAAUGGGUUUCUGACAGCAGCAGCAGCCGGGCUGCGGGCGCCGCCGGCUCCUCCGGACCGGAAAAUGAAGCGUCUCUGUCGGAAGCUGGCGGUGGCCGUGGCGGUGCUGGUGUGGCUGGGAGCGCUGGUUUACCUGCUGGUGCUGAGUCGGAGGAAGUUACCGGAGCUCGGUACCGGAGCGGGAGGAGCAGCGGGAGGCGGAGAGGCUCUGUACAACCAGCUCUCUGAUGCGGAGUGGGAGGACAUGUUGGAGGGUUUCGACGAGCGGAGCUACCUGAACGCGCGGCGCUGGAAGCCCGGCGACGACCCGUACACACUGUACGCCUUCAACCAGAGGGAGAGCGAACGCAUCCCCAGCGACCGAGCUCUGAAAGACACGCGGCACUUCAGGUGCACGACUCUUCACUACGACUCUGACCUUCCUCCAACGUCCAUCAUCAUCACCUUCCACAAUGAGGCCAGAUCCACGCUGCUUCGCACCAUUAAAAGCGUUUUAAACCGAACCCCGGUUCACCUGAUCCACGAGAUCAUUCUGGUGGAUGACUUCAGUAACGAAGAGAGCGACUGUCAGCUUCUCACCAAGCUGCCCAAAGUGAAAUGUCUCCGUAACAACAAGAGAGAAGGUCUGAUCCGGUCCCGGGUCCGGGGGGCGGAUGCUUCCAGAGCCAAGGUCCUGACCUUCCUGGACAGCCACUGUGAGGUGAACAAGGACUGGCUGCCCCCCCUCCUCCAGAGGAUAAAACAGGACCCAACUCGCGUGGUCAGCCCCGUCAUUGAUAUCAUCAACAUGGACUCUUUCGCCUACGUGGCAGCCUCUGCUGAUCUCCGCGGAGGGUUUGAUUGGAGUCUUCAUUUUAAGUGGGAGCAGUUGUCCCCUGACCAGAAGGCCCGCCGGCUCGACCCGACUCAGCCAAUCAAGACCCCCAUCAUCGCAGGUGGGCUCUUUGUGAUCGACAGGUCGUGGUUCAAUCACCUCGGUAAAUACGACACGGCCAUGGACAUCUGGGGCGGGGAGAACUUUGAGAUCUCGUUCCGGGUUUGGCAGUGUGGCGGCAGCCUGGAGAUCCUCCCCUGCAGCAGAGUGGGUCACGUGUUCAGGAAGAAACAUCCGUACAUCUUUCCAGAUGGAAACGCAAAUACGUACAUCAAGAACACGCGUCGUACAGCCGAGGUGUGGAUGGACGACUUCCGUCUCUUCUACUACUCCGCUCGCCCGGCAGCACGAGGAAAAUCCUACGGAGACAUUCGAGGCAGAGUGGAACUACGCAAGAAACUCAAGUGCAAAUCCUUCAAGUGGUACUUGGACAACGUGUACCCCGAGCUAAAGGUACCGGAUGACUCGGACUCGCGCUCCGGUGUGAUCCGUCAGAGGCAGAACUGUCUGGAGUCUCAGAAGGUAGACGGUCAGGAGACACCCAUCCUGACUUUGGCUCCCUGCGCGAGGAUAGAAGGCGUCCCCACCACCAGUCAGGAGUGGGUUUACACUCAUGGACAGCAGAUCCGUCAGAAGCAGCACUGUUUGUCUGUAUCCACCACCUUCCCCGCCUCACAGGUUCUGAUGCUGCCCUGCAACAUGGCGGACGGCAAACAGCGUUGGCAGAAGUCAGGGACUCACCUGGAGCACCUGGUGUCUCGGUUCUGCCUGGAUUCAGAGAUGGCUCUGGAUGGCAUGGACUCAUCCCGGAUGCUGGUCAUCAGCCCGUGUGAACUCAGCGCUUACACACAGAGAUGGGAAGUCCCCUUUUCCUGACCAGGUGACAUUACUCCUGAAGUCCCUCAGCAGAGCUGACCGCCUGUUGCACAAGCUGCAGACGUGAAAGGAAUCGGGUCACGGCACCACACUGAAGACAGCUCUGUCAAAGAUCUGCGGGGAUGAAAACAUGGCUGCCAAAAUGGAUACAUGAACAGUUUGUAGGAUGAGUGAAAACAAGGAUCCGAGUGAAACUAAGUGCACCUUAAAACUCCGAACCGUAGAAAACACUUUUUCUGUGAUGUUUUAUGUUUUAAUCUGAAAUUUAAAUCUAAGCACAACUCAUGAUUUAACUGGCUUUUCGUCUCCAUCUUCACAGCUGCAGAAACAUCUCAGUCAGCUUUUACUCAAAUGUGACCAGAAACCAUCAGGUUAGAGAUAAUAAUCGUCAGGUCUUCGUAAAGUAAAACUCUUCUGAAACCUCAAAACUAAAGAAGCAAAGAACAGCAAACAAAGAUCCAGUUUUUAUUGCCUCAUCAACAUACUUGGUCAAGUUUACAUGUCUGUGUUGCUCUAAAGCUACACAAUAAAAUAACCGAUGUUUUGACCAGAUUUAGUUUUUCUACCACAGCCAGGUCGGUUUCCUACGUAACUUAUUAUGACGGUUUUCCCUCCUGAUGGAAGAAAGAUGCUUAAAACCUGUUUCUGCAUGAUGAAUGUUUUCAGGUACGUGGCCCAGAAGGUUCAAUGAUACACAACAGCUUAUUUCACAAACCAUAAUAUUUUAUGUUUUUAUUUUAAAUAUUAUUUAAGUUUUUAUACUUAAGUUUUAUUACCAUAUAAUUUAAAUAUAAAUAUACUAUGCAUCAUAUAGUAUAUUAUAUAAUUUAGAUAUUUUAUUAGGUCUUUUGUAAGACCCUUGAAUAUUAUCAGAUUGUUAUGUUUUUCUUUUAAAUACGAGUUAAAACUACAUUUUAUUUCCCUCAGGGAUAAAAAUAAUGUUGGAAUUGAACAGAAUUUGUGGGUUUUGUCGUUGUGUUAAGGAUUUUUUUUUUACCUUCUGGGCCACCGUAGAUACAGUAUAUUUCGUAACAUAUUUCCACAACAUACAUUUGAACGAAACACAGGAGUUUAAACAAAUUAUGCCACACGCCCCCAAGUGGCUGGUUCCAGUACAUGUUUUAACCUCUUCAUGUAAACAAAUGGGACAUUUUUCUGACUAAAAUGUAGAAGUUCAGCUCGGAUAUUGAUUGUUUAAUGUUUUUGUCUGUUGCUUCUCACAUGUUUAAAUGAUUUUGAUGCUUUAAAACAUCAUAGUUGUGUUUGAGGUGAGUGGGUGUGGCUUUCAGUCGUUGGGCUCUACCUGUAAAUGGAAAAUUUAGGCUUUACUUUAAAAAAUGUAAGAAAGUAGAGACACAGUUUUUAGAUGAACCCAAACUUUUGUUUUUAUUUAUAAAUCUGAAGAAAAGCUUCUUUAAAUUUCAAAUGAGUUUAUUUUUUAUUACUGCAUUGCGUUGCAUUCACUGACCAAAGUUUUCAGACUUGAUUUGUGUUUAGAAUUGUUUUAAAGACAGAAUCAUGAAUUUUGAAAUCUUAUUUAGCUUUUUCUGAAAGAAAAUGUUUGGGUUUUAACAAAAUUUUCAUUGAAGAUAUUCUUGAUAAAUAAGUCCAGCUUUAUUUUGAAGGAUUGCACAGUUUCCCCUACUACUUCAUCUUUUCUCACAUGGAUCAGAUUCAGUGUCACUGACCUGAUAACACUGAUCGUAUUUAACUGGGAAAUGUUUCUGCUAUCAGACGGUUUAUAGUUUUGAUUUUUUUUUUCCAAUCAAAUUUUAGUUAGAAUCCUAGAAAAUCCUCAACAGGAAAUGCAGAACCUGAUUUGUCAGCAUGAGUUUUGUGGAGAUGGAUAAUUAAUAAAUAACUUCGGGACGCAGCAGAAACGGAAAGAUACAAGACGAGAGAUGUGCAACAAAAUAAAUUGUGAAGGAUUCCUGUUGUUUUAGCUCUGGAGGAUGAUCUGGGCUGUUUCUGCUGCAGCUGUUUCACGUUGCUCGCCCAUAGUGAGCUGCAGCCGUUUUAGAAACCCUGAUUCAGUCUCUAAGUCUCUGUUUCUUUUAUGUUGUUCAAACCAAACCUUCUGUCCAGCACAAAUCUGAAUUUUUAUCGUUGUGCAACAAAAGGGCGGAUGAGCUCAACACUGUUAAAAAUCCAACUUGCAAUUUAUUUGGAGAGUUUAAAGUUUUAAGCCAGUUGAACGUUUUAACUUGCAAAAUGUUAAUUUAAUACAGAAAAGCAAGCACCUAAAAAGUUGACUGAACUUAAAAUUGUAUUGCAACUGGUUGCUUUACUUUUUUAAGUUCACUGGACUUUUUUUUUUUUUUUUUUUUUACAGUGAAGCUACUGUGGACAUCUGACAUUUGACCUCUGGGUCAUGUGACUGACCAUUUCUCACACCAACAGCAGAUUUCUGAUAUCAUUGUGUUUGACAUCAUUUUGAUAUUGUCUGAUUCCUCAAUAAAAUUUUAUAACGCC